UUAAAAUCUUGGAAUCUAACACCAGUCUAACUGAUAAGAUUACUACCUGGCACACAUACACAUCCGAUACCUGACUUGGACAUAUUACGUGCUAGGAUGACGUUCAGACCAGCUGGUAUCACUCUCUUCCUCGUAACGGUGGUGUUUAUGUUUGUCUCAGCAGAGGACUGUACAUCUGCCUCAGAUUGUGGGCAUGGCGAAUGUUGUGUAGCAAACAACCAGCCGAUUGGAAAGCGAGGUCUCAUGGCGGCUGGUACCUGUCGGCCAUUGGGCCAGGAUGGUUCUAGUUGUUACGCUAGAUAUAUCCAUACGCCCCCUACCGGUAUGGAGUACGCAUGUCCGUGUGGUCCCGGUCUCGUGUGCAAAGGAAGCGGAACCAUCGUGGUUCCAAUAGGCGAGUCUGGAACCUGUGGACAUCACUGAUAUAGCCACUCCGAAAUACGGAACCAGGUCAACAUCGAAUUACAAUAUACUAUUCAUUAUUAAAUCUCAGAUUCAGACUUCUUACCGCCAUUUCACUAGUUAAUUGAAUCUCAGUUUUAGACUACUAACCGCCAUUUCAAUGGUUUAUUAAAUGUCAGAUUUAGACUACUAACCGCCAUUUUAAUAGUUUAUUAAAUCUCAGAUUUAGACUACUAAUCUCUAUUUACCUUACCACAACAUACCCCGGAUGAUUUUCUGGUUUCUCUUUGGAAUUCUUGUGAGUACUUUUCAUUUUUUUGAUUCCGUGUUUGCUUUUCUAAUGAUGACAAGGAUACUCUCUCCUAGGACUCUCCCUAAACACCACCCUUUAUCAACAGUCAAACCUCUAAAUCCUCACCAUAAUUUUCACAAACAGGUAUAUGAUAGUUUCUGACCUUAUGUUUUAAUUACCUUCAUCACACUGAAUCGGUAUAGGUGACACUCUUGUAUUCAAUGCUGUAAGAUAAGUUGCUGUUGUUGAUGACAAGGAGGAAACCCGUUCAAUCAAUUUCAAAGGAACUGGGUUUUCACGGAAAAGUGUCAACCGGGAAAAAAAGGAUCAAUUCGCAACCAAGACCUUCAUAGACGAAUGCCAUGUGCUAGACAAAUAGUAUAUAAUGUAAUCAUUAUACAGCUGUAUAUUGUUAUCGCGGGAGGUGUUGUCGUGCCAUGUCAAUAGGAUGAACGUUUUCUGUAAUAUAAACAAUAUCUACUACGGUAUAUGCGGACAAGUAAUAAUCCAUUGUCUUAAACUCAACAUUUUAUUUAGAAAAAUAAACAACUUACAUUUUCACUAUGUACACUGCUCCAAGCAAUGAUUUAAACACAGAGUAUUGCAGACCUGACGCGUCACACACAAUGUACGACAAUUGUAUCUAUUACUCAAAACAGUUCCAUAAUUAAAACAUACUACAGCAAGAUAUCAACAGUGUUAUUGAGAUAACUGUAAAUAAAACAACCAUUUCCCAUCACAAGGUAAGCAUACAUACUAUAAGAUAUAUGUAAGUUAUAUUAUUUGUGUAUUAUUUUGUAAUUGUACCCUAAUCCCUUCAGUCAUUGAUCUAUCGCCGACCUCUAGAUAAUGUGACCUUUUAAUACACAAAUCCCGAGUGUGUGCUAACAACAAACUUUAUAAGUCAGCUAAAACACGACAUGUUUCCUGUUAUCAACUGUAUUUCCUUAAACACUUUAACAUUCAACAUGAUGUAUGUGUGUGUCACGAGUUUGAUCAACCACUUACCACAGAUUACAAUGCAUACAUACAUGUAGGCGUCCACACGGAAAUGUUUAAACAAAUUAAAAUUAAACAUUUUUUUGUGUGUGUAUAAUUCGUUUUCAUUUGUUGAAAAAUCUCCCUAAAAUUUAAAACCCGUUUAAACAUCGACCAUAUCGUUAUCACUAUACUGAAAUCAAUUAAAUUUCAAGAAAUUUUGUUUUCAUACUAACUCUACAGAAAAAAAGAUCUUAAACUAGAAACCAGCAGGAAAUAAUGACAUUGUGUCUUUCGCGAUUAGAACUGAAAUAACAGUCGCGACAAUAUGAACUAUCGGCAGUAAUACGAUUAACAACACCCUGAGUUAAAUACGUUAACUAGAACACGGAGCCGAAAUACUGAAGCGAUGUCGUUUAUUACGUGUUUAGCAAAUUAAUCGAUUACAUACCCGGUACCCUGAGUUAGACACGUAUAUAUCAUUACAACUCGACUGACAUUAAGUUAUUGAGUUAGACACGUAUACAUCAUUACAACUCGACUGACAUUAAGUAAUUGCAGUGAUUUAGAUGGUUUUAAUUGAAUUCAACGACUGACAUCAAUCAUCUUACCCUGAGUAAUGUAAACAGAACAUAAUAUGACAUCAUAUUUUAUAGAUUGAGUUUGUAGAUAAACUGAUGAUUUCUGACAUCAAACAACAGCAAAUAUCAGUAAAUUCUAUGUUUAGCACUUCAUACCUAUAUACUAAUAUGUUUGCAGUUGGAAGGUAACUGUUCUGACAUUACAAUACAGCGAACUGUACACUAGGGGUCUGACCGUACAAUACAGACAACUGUACACUAGGGGUUUGACCGUAUAAUACAGACAACUGUACACUAGGGGCCUGAAUAUACAAUACAGACAACUGUACACUAGGGGUCUGACUGUAUAAUACAGACAACUGUACACUAGGGGUCUGACCGUAUAAUACAGACAACUGUACACUAGGGGUCUGACCGUACAAUACAGACAACUGUACACUAGGGGUCUGACCGUACAAUACAGACAACUGUACACUAGGGGUCUGACCGUACAAUACAGACAACUGUACACUAGGGGUCUGACCGUACAAUACAGACAACUGUACACUAGGGGUCUGACCGUACAAAACAGACAACUGUACACUAGGGGUCUGACCGUACAAUACAGACAACUGUACACUAGGGGUCUGACUGUACAAUACAGACAACUGUACACUAGGGGUCUGACCGUACAAUACAGACAACUGUACACUAGGGGUCUGACCGUAUAAUACAGACAACUGUACACUAGGGGUCUGACCGUAUAAUACAGACAACUCUACACUAGGGGUCUGACUGUACAAUACAGACAACUGUACACUAGGGGUCUGACCGUAUAAUACAGACAACUGUACACUAGGGGUCUGACCGUAUAAUACAGACAACUGUUCACUAGGGGUCUGACCGUAUAAUAGACAACUGUACACUAGGGGUCUGACUGUAUAAUACAGACAACUGUACACUAGGGGUCUGACCGUACAAUACAGACAACUGUACACUAGGGGUCUGACUGUAUAAUACAGACAACUGUACACUAGGGGUCUGACCGUACAAUACAGACAACUGUACACUAGGGGUCUGACCGUACAAUACAGACAACUGUACACUAGGGGUCUGACCGUACAAUACAGACAACUGUACACUAGGGGUCUGACCGUACAAAACAGACAACUGUACACUAGGGGUCUGACCGUAUAAUACAGACAACUGUACACUAGGGGUCUGACCGUAUAAUACAGACAACUGUACACUAGGGGUCUGACUGUAUAAUACAGACAACUGUACACUAGGGGUCUGACCGUAUAAUACAGACAACUGUACACUAGGGGUCUGACCGUACAAUACAGACAACUGUACACUAGGGGUCUGACCGUACAAUACAGACAACUGUACACUAGGGGUCUGACCGUACAAUACAGACAACUGUACACUAGGGGUCUGACCGUACAAUACAGACAACUGUACACAAGGGGUCUUACCGUACAAUACAGACAACUGUCCACUAGAAGAUCCCGUCCCUACAGAAAAGGGGCAAACACAAAAAGGUUACAUAUAUAAUACAGUAGCGAAACAAAUGAUUUUAAAACUCUCAUCGAAAUGUAUCUCCGGAGUUAUGAUAGAUAAGACGAAUGUAAUUUAAAUAAUUAUUGACUUCAAUAAUUCCUCGCCAAAACGUCUUAAGUUAAUUGUUCGUUUUAAAUAGCUUUCUAACCGCUUCCGGUCGGAGGGACACACUAGCAUAUCAAAACGAGAUAAUUGUCUGGAGUUUGUUACGUAACAUCGUCUGCCGUCCUGAAUAGAGGAAGCACAGUUCACAAUGUUUGAUGUAGUGUAAUCGUAUAUUUCUGUCUUAACAAAAGCAAAGAUCUCCGUGAAAAUGUGACAAAUAUCUCGCACUCUUGUUACAACAGAUCUCCGUAUAGCUAUUCCAAUAUUACGAAGAUUUUAUCUCGUGCCCACAGAGGAUCGUUAUUAUAAAGCUGGUAAAGGUACAUUUUCGAAAUAUAAGUUUAAUUCACAUACCGUUAGGAAACAAAAUGCGGUGGUUAAUAUUUAGAUCGAAUUGACCCGACCUUAGAAUUGUAUGAAUUCUUCAACGCAAAUUUCACUAUUUCGUCAUGGAAGAAAUUCAAUACUAACUUUGAACUGAAUGCGGUAUACAGUGUAUUCUAAUGAUCUGGUAUUCCUUGUGACAAUGAUGGAAGGGCAAACACAUCAAACAACAGUAACGCAUUAACAGUAAUGCUAUGAUAGACAUAUCGAACGUAAUAAAAACUACAAAGUACAUGCUUCCAAUUAUGAAUUGUAUAUUAAUAUGUUUUAAUGUUUUUAGCCUGUUAAUCAGGAUCUGGUAUACAAAACUUAUACAUAGUAUAAAUAAAAUCAUGAUAGCAAUACGAAUCUGUUUAGAACCUUAAAGCCUACACUCGGCGAGGCUAUCAGCUUCCUUUACACAAUAACCUGUAAACAAUAAAGCAAACAAUAAAACAAAUACUUGGCAGUUUUUCAAAUAAGGCAGGUUGAUGCAAA